AUGAACAUAACAUUUUUAGAGCAUGCUAGAAGCAUACUAUCUCAAGUGGGUUUGUCAAAGGACUUUUGGGUAGAAGCUAUUCACACAACUUUCUACUUGGUUAACAAAUCUCCAUCUACGGUCAUUGAGUUGAAAAUUCUUGAGGAAGUAUGGUUUGGUUCUCUUAUCGAUUACUCUCACCUUAGAAUUUUUUAUUGUUCUGUGUAUGCUCAUGUCACAGGUGACAAGUUGGAGCUAAGGGUGAAGAAGUGCAUAUUCAUGAGUUAUGCACAGACAUAG